AAGGUUAUAACCUCGCUUGCUCACCUCGCUGGUGUUUUCCUUUGCAGCGGUUAAGGACGGACGCUUCCUUGUGUAUAUAGGACAACGGACGGUAUAGGAGAGAGUGUUUGGAGUCUCCUCCCAAGUGCCCAAACGAGACUCUGGCGUGCGGGUGGGUGCGUGCGUGCGUGCGUGUGUGUGUUUUGGUGGGGGAUUCUCAGGAAGGAGCAGUUUGGGACCUCUUGCAGCCCUCGCUCUUCCCGGGCAUCGGGGUUCAAGGUUGCAUGAGGCCCUAAGGAUUCUCUGCCCUCGGGAUGGACGGACGGCUCCUACUGGCUCAGUAGGGGCUCGGGGUGUUUACAUUGUGUACCCUGGAAUCGUUUUUAAAUGCUGAUCCGAAAUGUCAUGCGUAUACUGCUGAAUCGAACUGAAAAAAACCUGUUUGUGUCAAGCAAGGAGCAAACAGCGGUGCUUGGGGAAGUCAGCGUGGAAUGACUAGUUCAGGUCUCUGGAGGAAAGGUACCCUUCCGGGCAUUUUUCCUUCCCGAAGUCCUCACGGGCCUUUUGUAGAAUUUGCCUUCCUUUCCCGACGGCAGAGAAAAAGCCCUCUCUGCCGGGGAAUCGGGUGACCGGGGGUGGCAUCGCCUCCUUGAGCACUGUGAGCUGUAAACUACCGGCGGACGUCGGUGGUCCGCGGGUUUGAUUGAAUCGGGUUCUGGCAGAGACCUCCGUACUUGGAGCGCUCCAGAGGAAUGGCUUGACCCAAGGGAGAGAGACCAUUUGCUUUGGGAGCCAAGUCCUUGCGGGCGCUCGACGUUUCUAAAUACCCACGGUAGGCGGAACACACUUCAGGAUGUCUUUUAGGGAAACGUCUCUUUACCGAGUUCGGGGGCGGAGAAAAAACAGUAAAGACAGUGCCACCCGAUCCGACGACUAAGAGUACGAAUUGUAGAAAGUCUACUGUAGAACAGCUCUGUACCUAGAGGUUUUACUUUUUUACAAGAGGGUCACUUCUGGAAGGCGUUGCUAGUGUAUUUUCCUUCCACCAGGGAGCAAACUUUUUAAGCAUAUUAACGAAAAUAUUCCUGUACGGUUAGUUUUUAAACACAGUUUUUUAAAAUAAAGUUUACAGACGUUGCACCGAGGUUCAGUGAUUCUUUUUUUUUUUGCGGUUGAUCAGUGCUUGCUUAAAAGCUUGUUAUUAACUGUUUUUUUUCCUGAACCAGCAGUCACCAGGGCUUGGGUUCCGUUCGGAGGUGACAGACCGGAAUGGAGUAAGGAAGAGGUUACUGAUGUGGAGGAGAGGUGGGGAGGGGGAUAAACAAAGACAGGGAGGAAAGAAGGGACGAGAGCGAGGGGGACGUUCUCCUCGGCUGCCGUUCCCUGCUGCGCCUUAGGCCUCAGACGUGUCCUGCAAAGGGCCCGCUCUCGGAUGAUGGGUUGGUAAUCGUUCCUUCCCCCUCUCCCCAACCCUCCUUGCUCCCCUGGGGAAUGGGUUGUCACAGAUCGGGCUGGGGGUGGGGAGGGAGCGGGGCAGGAAAGACCACAUGCUUUUUCUCCCCCUACAUGGCCACCGGCCUCCUGCCCCAUCUCCGUCCGGAAGGCCACCCGAGCACUCAGGGAUGAUAACCCAGAAGGUAAGUCAGCGCUCGCUACGUGUUGGUUAACAUAGCUAUAUACGGACCUCUUGAAAUGCUGUGGAAAAACAAGUAUUUGACGCUGCGGUGUGCUUGGGAAUUGGGGGCCUUUUAACAGUACCCUUCGGAGUGUUCCAGCUGCGUUGAGAUGCUGCCUGUAAGCAUUUAAUGGCUCGCUUAUCCGAAUAAUCCUCCGGAAAGAGUAAAUGAAAUAUUCAAUUGUAGGUAACUUCGAAGCCGGGAAAUUUAUCUAUCUGCAAUCAUUCAGCUCUAAAAAUCCUCAAAAUCACUGCAGCAUGUUGAAACAGUUGCAGAGACGAGUAAACAUCGCGGCGGGUCGGGGCGGGGGGGAUUCACCCUCUCUUACUAAUCUUUACCUGAGUCACGGCCGUAUUUCAUUCUAAAAGCUUCUUCUGCCUCGUUUUAUUUUUGACUAAGUGGAAAUGCAAAUUGCGAACCCGUCUCCCCAGCCUAAAGUUAAUGUCUGGUUCAGUAAGCCGGGCCCCUGGGUCCACCAGGGAGCACUAUGAGUGCAUUGCUCCAGCUUAACGUGUAAAGCUCUAGCUGCGGUCGGGCGCCAAACGGAACGGAGGAAUUUGAGACUGAGGAAACGGCUCGAUUCCUGCAUGUAAAACAUGUCUUACCUGUGUAGAGGAACUCCUCUCCGAGGGAUUUAAGGAUGCCCGCGGCCUGAUGAGUUGGAAGACGGAAUCGGAACCGUGGCACCCGAGAAGACUUGCAGAUGACGACGGCUCGCGGCUCGACGAUCAGCCGGGAGAAGGCCGAGGCGCUGGACCCUCCUCCACCACGUAAGCCGUGAAAAUGACAAGUCACCGAUACCCAUUCUUUGCCUAGGACAAGAAGGCAGAUGGGCUUCUUGCCAACUCUUACCAUUGAGUUUCUCGCUCGCUGCUUCUGUUCCUGGCUUUGUCCUCCUGCCCCUGCAAGCCAGCAUGAGGAAUUCCAGAAAGACAGUAAACCUGCUGGACGAACGUGAUUAGGCAAAGAGGAAGAUGGACAGAAAUGAGAAGGGGCCGGAGCCCAACAGUGGUUUCCAGGUAAACAGGCUUCCUUCACCAGGGCAACUUCCCCCCGGGAGACUACAGAUGGGAGCAAACAGCUCCGACUCGAUGCACCUUUCUCCUCUGCCUCUCCUCACCCACCGAGCCGGGCUGAGCCCGCGAGGCCGUGCCCGCUUGGGCCCCUAGGACAGCUGGACGGCUCCCGGGACUGCUCCAGCAUGACAUGGAUGCUGCGGCCCCCACACCGGAGAAGCAGGGCAAAGAGAAUUUAGUAGGGACCGGCGCCAAGGGCUUCAGCGUUUGCGGCUGGUUCCUGAUUUCCCUUUCCUUCCUGUUGGUCCUCAUCACCUUUCCCGUCUCCAUAUGGAUGUGCCUGAAGGUCGUGAAGGAGUACGAACGGGCUGUCGUGUUUCGACUGGGGCGCAUCCAGGCGAGAAAAGCCAAAGGACCAGGUUUGAUCCUCGUCUUACCGUGCACGGAUGUUUUUGUCAGAGUUGAUCUGCGGACCAUCACCUGCAACAUCCCCCCACAGGAGAUCCUGACCAGAGACUCCGUCACCACCCAGGUGGAUGGCGUGGUUUAUUACCGAAUCCACAGCGCCGUCUCUGCCGUGGCCAACGUCACCGACGUUCACCAAGCCACCUUCCUGCUGGCGCAAACCACGCUGAGGAACGUCCUGGGGACGCAGACCUUGUCCCAGAUUUUAGCCGGUCGAGAAGAUAUCGCCCAUAACAUCCAGGCCAUGCUCCGUGACGCCACCGAGGCCUGGGGGAUCCUGGUGGCCCGAGUGGAGAUCAAAGACGUGCGGAUCCCGGUGCAGCUGCAGAGGUCCAUGGCGGCUGAGGCGGAAGCCACACGGGAGGCCCGGGCCAGGAUCCUGGCGGCGGAAGGGGAGAUGAAUGCGUCGCAGGCCCUGCGCUCGGCCUCCAUGGUGCUCUGCCAGUCUCCCGUGGCCCUGCAGCUGCGCUUCCUGCAGACCCUCAACACCGUGGCCGCCGAGAAGAACUCCACUAUCGUGUUCCCGCUGCCCAUGAACAUGCUCGAAGGAAUCUCCCGCCAGCAGCCCAAGGCCGUCUGACUGGGCCGCCCCGCGCCACGGUGACCAACGGGAGAAACUCCACACCCCGUGCCCAGGACCUCCCCCCGCCGCCCCCGCGCUUACUCAGACAGAUCUUUACACUCUCUCCAUUCCCCCACCUGCAGUUUAUUUUAGUGUCUGUCUCUCUCCGCCAGUUGAGGUCAGAGACUCUCCCAAGCGCUUAGUACGGCGCUCGGCCCCAAGCACCCGCUCAGUAAACCGCUGAUUUAUUGCCGGAGUAUAGAUGUUAGCAACAGAGACCUACCUGGGUGAGCCUGGAGUCUCUUGUGCUCUCGCCAGUGAUUUCUUCCUUUAACGGGAACCUUCGCAGCAGGGUAGAUCGAUGCACCUUGUUACACGGUAACUUAUCCGGAGCUCCUCCCUUUUCAGCUGAAAGACAAUGCAACUAUUAUUCUACCGGACCUUUGCUAUAUCAACCUUGGUUAGUUGUAUACAUGUCUUACUAAAUAAAAGAGGUUAAUUUUA